AACGAGUCACAAUUCACGAUCAGUUCCAUUGGAAGUGUCUCUGAAGGUGGUCAGAAUGCCUUUUGUCUGCGAAAAAGUGUCCGAAAGUGAAGUCGGGAAGAAAUCUCACUACGUUGGCGUGACGGAUUUCGCGUGGGUCACUGCAGACGCGCGUCCUCGUGAGGUUGGUCAGGAGUGGCGAAUGGAUCCGUGCUUUCUGCCUGUGUUCUUUCGCGAGAAGGCGGCUGAGAUUGAGGACUUUGUCGUGUAUCCGGACGACACUUGGGUCCUGUCGUAUCCCAAGUGCGGCACCACGUGGACGCAGGAAAUGGUGUGGCUGAUAAAUAACGGCGUGGACGUGAAGGCGGCCCAGGAAGUGCCCCUAAACACCCGAUAUCCUUUCAUUGAGAUGUGCACCCUUUUGCCGGAGGACUUUGACGUUGAUCAGGACAGCCUGCAGAGAGGAAAGAGCGCGCCUCGUCCGCGUCAUCUCAAGAGUCAUCUGCCCGCCCACUUGCUGCCGCGGGCAAUUUGGCAGGUGAAGCCCAAGAUAAUCUACGUCGCGCGGAAUCCGAAGGACGUUUGCGUCUCCUUCUACCACCACUACAAACACCUCCAUGGCUACGCGGGGAGCUUCGAGGACUUCGCCGAGGCCUUCCUCGCUGAUCACGUAAUUUACUCGCCCUUUCACAGUCACAUUGUUGACUUUUGGACAAUGAGGCACGAGGACAAUAUCUUGUUCAUCACGUUUGAGGAGAUGAAGAGAGAUUUGCGUGAUGUAAUUCUGCGAACGGCCAAGUUUCUCGGCAAGACGCUGACUGAGGAUGAGGUUCAGCUGCUCUGUCGCCACCUCUCGUUCGAUGCCAUGCAGAAGAACAAGUCGGUGAAUAAGAAGGACGUCUUGGCGGAGAUGAAUGCCAUUACGGGCAGUGAGAGCAGCGAGUCCUUCUCAUUUAUUCGCAAGGGACAAAUUGGGGGCUUUCGUGAGCUUUUCACCCCUGAAAUGGAAGGGAAAUUCAACGACUGGACGCGGCGACAACUCAGCGGGUCGGACUUCAAAUUUGACGUAUAGAAGAAAAGUGUGGGUGGCCAUGAAUAUGUACACAAUAAA